CGCCCGGAACCCGGAAAAGAAGACGCGUCUGUCAUGGCGUCGCCCUCUGCUUUAUCACGAUGUGUGGUAUCUCCGACCGGGAAGCACACGGCCUCGCUGAUUUUCUUGCACGGAUCAGGUGACUCAGGGCAAGGAAUAAAGUCAUGGAUCAGGGAAAUCUUAAAGCAAGAUCUUGCGUUUGAACACAUAAAGGUUAUAUUCCCAACCGCUCCAGCCCAGCCGUACACGCCGAUGAUGGGAGAAAUGUCCAAUGUUUGGUUUGAUAGAUAUAAGAUCUCAAUGGACAGCUGUGAAAAUCUUGAAUCUGUUGACUCGAUGUGCCAGAUCCUAACAAAUUUAAUCAAUGAUGAAGUGAAAACUGGAAUAGCAAAAAACAGGAUUCUUUUAGGUGGAUUUUCCAUGGGAGGUGCUAUGGCCAUGCAUUUGGCUUACAGAUUCCACAGGGAUGUGGCUGGAGUGUUUGCUCUUUCUGGUUUUCUCAAUAAAGAUUCCGUGGUUUAUAAGGAAAUUAAAGAAGUGAAGUGUAGACUUCCUGAAUUAUUCCAGUGGCAUGGCAAUGCUGAUACUCUAGUUUUACCUCAAUGGGGUGAAGAAACCAACAAAAUACUAAAAUCCCUUGGUGUGACUACAACAUUCCAUAGUUCUCCAAAUAUGUAUCAUGAGCUAAACCUCAGAGAGCUUCAUCAUUUAAAAGCUUGGAUUUUAAAGCAGCUGCCCACAGAUUUUACAGGUGCCCAAAAGAGCCAAGUCCUCUAAAUAAAUAUUUACUAUCGAUA